AUGUCCCGCCUCUUCUCCUCCCCAGGCAGCUCGCGCGAGACAGUUUUGUUCGGAGGUUCAGAUCCCAAUCGAAAUUCUAGGCCUGAAUCUAUGAAAGCAGAUAUUUCCAUGACUUCAAAAGAACAGUCUACCUUUUCUACCACCUCAGUCUGCCAGAGACUCAGCACCUAUUCGCUUGCAUUUUGGUUUUCUCCCAAAGGUCUUGAACCUAUUGAAGACAUCAAAAAGAAGGGCCUUGAAGACGUGGUUUUUGAUGCCAUUGCUCUUCAAGAGCUUGGCACUCAGCAUCAAGCCCACGGUGACCAUGGAACCACGAAGAAAGCAUUCCUAGUGGAGCUUGCGGUACUGGAGACUGGUAUUUUACGGGUUUUGGGCAAAUAUGGGAUUCUAGAUUUCGUUCCUCUGAGCAGCGAUGAUCCGACUAUUUCGCAACAACCAGCAGAAGAUCUCGACUCAAAGAAAGCUCUUUACUACCAACGUCUACAUUCAAAAUACUCACAGGAGUAUGUAAAAAGGCAGCGCGCCUGCACGGUUUUGGGUGUUGAGAUGAGCAAACUUUGGACGGACUGGUAUGAUGGCUGUCUUAGAGAAAUUGGUAACCGCCUUAGAAAGCUCGGUUACUGUUGA